AAUAGAAAAGCGAAACAAAAUGUUUCAGUGCUACACUCACGGUGGAUUUAGAGGGAGAUAUUAUGAGGCUGGUGUCAUUAGGCGAUAGCUAUUGAAUCGUACAAUCUAUACUCGUCUUUUCUUUUUCUUGAUAACUGUAUUUCUCUCUCAGGUCAUUCCAUGGUUUUCAGAUCCCCUUUAGAGCUUUAUCCCUCCCAUUUCUUCCUGCCAAACUUCACUGAGCGCCCUGUGCUCUUGGCGAGCAGCACUCCCACCAGGUCUCCAGAAGACUUGUCAAUGUUUGCGCUACCGACCCUCAACUUCUCUCCGGAGCAAGUUGCGAGCGUCUGUGAGACGCUGGAGGAAACCGGAGACAUUGAACGGCUGGGACGAUUCCUAUGGUCCCUGCCGGUGGCACCUGGAGCAUGCGAGCAGAUCAACAAGCAUGAGUCCAUCCUGCGAGCUCGCGCAGUGGUUGCUUUCCACACGGGGAAUUUUCGAGACCUUUAUCACAUCUUGGAGAACCACAAGUUUACCAAAGACUCCCAUGGCAAACUGCAGGCCAUGUGGCUGGAGGCACACUACCAGGAGGCCGAGAAGCUGCGCGGUCGCCCCUUAGGACCGGUUGACAAGUACAGGGUACGGAAGAAGUUCCCCCUGCCCAGGACCAUCUGGGACGGCGAGCAGAAGACACACUGUUUCAAAGAGAGGACGCGCGGUCUGUUAAGGGAGUGGUACCUUCAGGACCCAUAUCCAAACCCCAGCAAGAAAAGGGAACUGGCUCAAGCCACUGGACUCACUCCUACACAGGUCGGAAAUUGGUUUAAAAACCGGAGGCAAAGAGACAGAGCCGCGGCAGCAAAAAACAGGCUUCAGCACCAGGGAAUUAGACAGAACGGUAUGCGGUCCCUUUCAGAAUCCGGGUGUACUCCACGCAGCUCGGCCGAAUCGCCGUCUACCGCGGCCAGUCCUACUACCAGCAUCUCCAGUAUGACAGAGCGAGUUGACACUGGAACGUCCAUUCUUUCAGUAACAUCCAGUGACUCUGAGUGUGACGUAUGAUAUAAAAAUAUAAAUAUUUACAGGAAAUAUGGACCUGAAAAGAAACUAUGAAAUAUCGAGGAUGAAAAAAGGACCAAUUUAUAUAAAUAUAUAUAAAAAGAACAACAAAAAAACGUAUUUUUUAAGCGCUUUCAAUGGACCCACCACCACCUGCAUGCUGUUUUUUUGUAUCUGGGAAAAAUACCUUGUUCAAUAUUUCUACAAGGAUCGUCGAGAAGAGGGAAUGAAUUACCAGAGGGUGUUUAUCGCCUUUUCAUCUUCGUUUUAGUCCAAGUGAUGAUGCCGCUCAGCCAAGAUGCAAUUAUGUUUAACUUUAUGUUCAUCAGACAAUCAUUUACGUUAUAAGCACCUUUGUACUACACUUCUGUCACUGCCUGUGUGGAGUAAAUGGUGAAAUGUGGAACCGAAUCGUUAUGACUGUAUCAGAUUUGUAUUUUUAUUUCAAGAUUUUAUAUUGAAUUAUGUAUAUCUCAAAUAAUGCGAUCAUUCCCCCGGUCUGUAAUAUCCUAUAUGUGUAGAUAUGUAAAUAAUGCGAUCAUUCUCCCGGUCUGUAAUAUCCUAUAUGUGUAGAUAUGAUUGUACAUAGUAUUGCUCUCCCAUCUCCAUCUUUUCUAUCCUUGUUCACUUUUCUCGACUUGGUGUUCCUACAUAAAAUAUUUGUCAAAAUGUAAAAAAGUGCUCUAGACGUUUUGUUAGUUAGUUUUUAUACCGAACAUGGAUAAUGACACUAGAUAAACGUGUUAUCAGUCACAGUUAUGCAAAACUAUUUCAUAUAAACAUUGGGAUAUUCUUCAA